UUUUAUUUCGUAUACAAUACAAUUAUUAUUCAACACGCAUACGUUAUUGAAACAGGCCAAAGAGAACUGUUGUUGCACAAAAAGCUUCAAAAUUUACUUAAAGAAUGGGUGUCUAUGGAGAACAAUCCAGGAGAGAGAAGCCCAGAGGACGUCAUCAUGGGCUAACUCAGCAGAAAAGGCAAGAGAUCAAAGAAGCAUUUGAGCUUUUCGAUACUGAUGGCUCUGGCACCAUUGAUGCCAAGGAGUUGAAUGUUGCAAUGAGGGCCUUGGGUUUUGAGAUGACGGAGGAGCAAAUUAAUCAAAUGAUAGCGGAUGUAGACAAAGAUGGCAGCGGUGCAAUUGAUUUCGAUGAAUUUGUUUACAUGAUGACUGCCAAAAUUGGUGAGAGAGACAGCAAACAAGAGCUCACAAAAGCAUUCCAAAUCAUUGACCAUGAUAAAAAUGGGAAGAUAUCUGUUGAAGACAUUAGGAAUAUUGCUAAAGAGUUGGGUGAGCAUUUUACUGAUAGGGAGAUCCGCGAAAUGGUAGAGGAAGCAGAUCGUGAUCGUGAUGGAGAAGUUAGUGCAGAUGAGUUCAUGAGAAUGAUGAAGAUGACUUCGUAUGGAUAUAAUUAGGUUACUUUUGAGCAGUUCAGGCAUUGAUGAGUCGGCUUUUCCUUUUAUCCUAUGGCUUGUACAAUCUAUUAUAUAUAUGGUAAAUUAUGGAUCAUCUGUAUUCAUCUUGUUGUUUUAGAAAUAUUGACCUAUACGUUGCUACCCUAGCUUUGAAAUGAAUAUUUGUUGAAGGUAAAAGAUUAAAGACUGUUUUUUUA